UUUAAAACACUUCUCGGCCCUACACUAAUAGAAGGCCCGUUCCUUUUCUCCUGUAGCCUUUUGGGUAAUUAAUCCUUCAACCCAUAUCCGAUUAUUUGACUUGAAAUGAACAGUAUUAAUUACUUAAUCACAUUUUCUCACUUUUGCCCUCAUUUUCGAUAUCUACAUCUGUUACUCAGGCAUUCUUUUUCUUUCCAGCAGCGCCGAUUCACGAUUCCUUCUUUGUGUGGAGAACGAAACCAUUGAUCGUCGUCGAAGCUCCGAUUCGCAAGAUUGCUGCACCCCUCUCGCAUUCCAAACACGAUUCAAGGUUGUAUAUUUCUGGUUGAGAAAUACUGGUCGUCGGGACGCGUCCGUCUAGGGUUUUAAAUCUGCCCCUAAUUUAUAUUCAAGAAUUUUGUAUACCUAUCCAUCCACAGUAGCCAAUGACGCGCACUCCUAGAGAUGUUGAAAUUGUCCUAUUGAUACAGGAGAUUGUUCAUGAGUUUUUGAUGCAAAUGAUAUGUGUAAUUGCAAUUCUAACUAGAUUGAACUAUCGAAAGAGGAAGCGUAGUAAUAUAGCUAAUACAUAUUCUUUGAUCCAAAGAAUACCAGACCAAAUUAAGCACUUGAACAGAAUGGUAGGACUUACUGAUAUUGAUUGCAUGGCAAAUCUUCGCAUGGAUCGAAACACUUUCGGUAGAUUAUGUCUUUUAUUGCGACAGUUAGGGGGUUUGACUGAUGGGAGAUUUGUUAGUGUAGAAGAGCAAGUCGCAAUGUUUAUAUCUAUUUUGGCACAUCACCAGAAAAAUAGAAUAAUUGGGUUUAAUUUCUCGCGGUCUAGCCAAACAAUAUCCCAUUACCUCCAUGUUGUUUUAAAAGGUAUUUUGAAAUUACAUGGGAUAUUCUUGGCCAAACCACAGCCUGUCCCAGAAGACAGCAAUGACCCAAGAUGGAAGUGGUUUAAGGGUUGCUUAGGAGCAUUGGAUGGCACAUACAUUAAUAUUGUAGUGCCAAACGUAGACAAGCCGAGGUAUAGGUCAAGAAAGGGUACCAUUUGUACGAAUACACUAGCCGUAUGUGACAGAAAUAUGAAGUUUGUUUACAUAUUAACUGGUUGGGAGGGAUCAGCUGCUGACUCUCGGGUUUUAAGAGAUGCUGUCAACCGAGUGCACGGACUCAAAGUUCCAAGAGGAAAUUACUAUUUAUGUGAUAACGGUUACGCGAAUAGCGAAGGGUUUUUGUCUCCAUACAAAGGUGUUAGGUAUCACCUUAAGGAGUGGGGUCCUGAAUCUGUGAGACCUCAAAACGCCAAGGAAAUGUUCAAUAUGAGGCACACUAAAGCUAGAAAUGUGAUUGAGCGUGCAUUCGGACUCAUGAAGAUGCGAUGGGCGAUACUUCGGAGUGCGUCGUAUUAUCCUGUCCAUGUUCAUAAUAGGCUGGUUAUGUGUUGUUUUCUACUGCACAAUUUCAUUCGUUCAGAAAUGGUGCAUGAUCCACUUGAAGCACUGGUUGAUAGACAGCCUGGUGCAGAUGCCUAUGAAGAGCAUGGAGACGAAGAUGAUGGUUUUGUUGAUGCUAUUCAAACGUCUCCCCAGUGGAAUCGCGCUAGAGAUGCAAUCGCUGAAGCAAUGUGGAGACAACCUUGAUCAGCUUUAAGGAGACAUUAGUACUAUAUUGUGCUUAGUUUAUGCAUAAUAAGGUGUGUUUGUGUUGUCAUAAGUGAACAAGUGGAUUAUGUUUGGCAAAUAUGUAAAGGGUGGCUGCAAUUAUGUGAUUGUGAUUAUUGGCCUUG